AUUCAGUGUCCAGUUUCCCGCCAUCUGCGGGACUGAGCGGUACUCUGUGAGCAAUAAACAACGAUAAAUAUAAUGUUUGUGUACAAGUUGUUUAUGUUUGUCCUGUCACUUUCGGCAACUGUGGCAUCACCUGGAUCAAUUCAAACAUUCAAACUCAAUGAUGGACGGGACAUGCCGGGCUUUGGACUCGGCACUUGGCUUGGCUUUAUAUCGACUACCAGAAAUACUAAGAGUGACGAAGUUGAAAAUGCGGUGAAGUGGGCAAUAGAUGCUGGCUACAGACAUAUCGACACCGCCUCCAUCUACGAUACUGAAGACCAGGUUGGCAAUGCAAUCAACAAGAAAAUAGCUGAGGGAGCUGUAAAGAGAGAGGAUUUAUUUGUCACCACAAAGCUGUGGAACGACGCGCACGCUCCAUAUACCGUGUUGCCAGCAUUAAGAAACUCACUUAAAAAACUUAAUUUAGAUUACGUGGACAUGUACCUUAUACACUGGCCAAUAGCUCAGUAUUUAAAUGGUACAUUUUACGAUGUGGAUUACUUGGAGACUUGGGAGGCGAUGAUCGCAGUCCAGAAGAAAGGACUCGCUAAGUCCAUCGGAGUUUCAAACUUCAACAUAGCGAUGCUGGAAAGACUGAUUUCUAACAGCCGUGUAAAACCCGCCAAUUUGCAAGUAGAGAUAAACUUAAAUCUGCAACAACCGGAGCUGCUCGAGUACUGUAAAGAACAGAACAUCGUAGUCACAGGUUACACUCCCUUCGGGUCCAUAUUCCCUAACAGGGCGAGGAUCGAAGCACCACCGCCGAGAGUAGAUGACCCCAAGCUGGUGGACAUAGCCAACAAAUACAAUAAAACUGUGCCGCAAAUUGUUUUGAGAUAUCUGGUGGAAUUAAACAUAAUACCUAUUCCCAAAACAAUCACCAAGUCUAGAGUAGAACAGAACAUUGAUAUCUUCGAUUUCAAACUAACGCAAGAAGAGCGGGAUCUUUUCAAAAGUUACGACAAAAACUACAGAACUAUUGAACCUAAGAUGUGGCAAGAAUCUCCAUAUUAUCCAUUUGAAAAGAAAUAAGGAAUAA